AUGGUGUAUACAGAAGCCAAAAUCAUUCUUCAACCUAUUUUUGACCAGUAUUGGAAGGACUUUGAUGAAGGACAUUUUGACAAGCUUCUUGAACACUAUCAUCCGGAUGCAGUUCUUAUCGAGGUUGGUAAGAAGGGGACUUACGGAAAGGAAGCUACAAACAACUGCGUGUUACUUGUGUUACAGCUAUCCAACGAACAUUACCAGAUGAGCGAGGACUUUAUCAUGUACUGCGCCGACUAUGAGAUUAACACGGAGAGAGCCGGAAAGCUGCAAGGAAAGUUUUCUCAGAUCUGGCGGAAGACCAACGACAAGUAUUUACUGCUGCGUGAAGCAUAUUUGGAAGAUGCUUAG